AUGCGAGAAAGGCAAGAUGAGGCAGAAGCCGAAAAGAUUCAAGUAAGCGCAAAGACCAAGAUGGCAGAUAAAGAAGACGGCUCUGACAAGGAAAAUAUUCCUCCGUUAAAGAGACAGAAAGUCGAGAACAAGAAAAAGACCACAACUUGUGCCGGCACAACUGCGCAGAAGAAAAAGGAGAAAACGAAAAAAGAUUCCAAAGGCAAGGCGAAAAAGGUAAUUUAUUAGUUAACGUUACUCGUUUAUACGAAUAUAAAAUCAAAAACAGGAAAAUAAAUUUGUUUACUUUGUUUGAAAAUUUAUUUUUCAGAAUGAAAUAGCGUGCCGCAAUUUAAUAUACUAAAUAUAUAUAUCAAAACAAAAGAAAAUUAUUCAAAAAUGAAUUAAAUGCAGUGUGACCAGAUUUUGCAAGGCAAUUACUAAAUAAGCAUGCAAAAAAUUACCAAAACGUAGAAAAAAUUAUUAAAUUUCUGCUGUCAACCAAAGUGGUCUGAAAAUCAAUAAAACACCUCAGCAAAACAAAAUCAAUAAAACGCUUUCCAUCACUGAAACUAUGUUUUUUCCAUGUUUUUCUUUCUCACUUGUACUUUUUGGUUGCAAUUGUGCAAAAUGCAAAUAUGACGCCACAAUGAUUGGGCCCGGCCCCGAGCCCGCAAUCAGGAGUGGUGAUCAGCAGGAUUCCCUCGAUUCAAGUGAUUCAGCAGGACAGCUUGGGCCAGCAGCUGGCAAUUUGGAUAUACAGCUUUUGCACGCAUGGACCUGCAACUGUUCUCAUCGAAUUUUUGAAUAACAGGUUGUGUCAUCAUGGUGUGUUUGGUUGAAUUUCAUGGGAUAACCAAAAUAUUACUAACUUCAAGCGAAAUUACUAAAAAAAUUACCAAAAAUUUUCAAUUAUCAAAAAAGUCAGAAAAAUCGCGAAAUAUUACCAAAAGUAAUUAAAAUUACCAAAUCUAGUCACACUGAUUCAAUGUGGCCAACGGUUUGGUCAGCGGAUCUUCAUUUUCGACAGUAAUUCAUGAGGUGUAAGAAGUAUAUGAUGGGUGCUGAAGCGAAGGCUCUUCGUCUUGAGUUAGUAACUGGGCCUUCGCUUAAAACGUUUGAAAUUCUCCUUAUAUUCUUCACCAAUGCAAUCAUCGUAUAUCUUACAUGAAUUACUGUUCUCCAUUAAUAUCAUUUUUGUUGCUGUAAUUAUUUUGUAGAUAAUAACUAUUGAAGCAGAGAAUUGCCCUGCUGACCAUGAUGAACAAACCUCCAAUGAAAAACCAGAAGAAAGAAAACCUGGUACAUUAGACUUCCUUUCCAGUGAAGACCAGACCCGAGUACAACGUCUACUAUAUCUUUGUGAGAGAGAACCGACUGAUGUUUCGACACAGACUGCAAUACAUAACACUGAAGGGCCAAAAGAUGUUGCCACAGUUGCCACACAGACAACAUCUUAUUCAGCAAUUACUGCAGAAAUUAGUCCAGCUGUUUCGUGCAACUGCCAGAAAAAAGUUUUGGAAAAUCAAGACGUCAUCAAAAGAAUGCUCGACACAAUAUUGCUCCGUAAAAAAGAAACAUUAAACAGUCCAGUAACGUCUGAAUGGGAAGAUGUUACUGACAUCAGUAACUUCAACUGCACAUUCGCUGUUGGUUUAGAUGCUGACAACAAUUCUGAGGGGAUUGUGGAUGAAGAAAUGUGUGAAUCCAUGUAUCAGCACAACGAAAGUCCCAUCAAAAUACCAAGCCCCACCUCAUCACCAUGCCCCACCACAUCACCUUGCCCCACCAUAUCACCAUGCCCCACAACAGUACCUUGUCCCACCUCAGCAGCAUGCCCUACCACAGCAGCAUGCCCUACCACAACAUUAUAUUGCAGUUCUGCACAAGUGCAAUUAUAUGAUGAUGUGUUUCGAAAAAGUUCUUCAAUGGCCAACUACGCAAAGAACCUUGUGUUCGAACUUUUCAAACGGGACGAGUUGAUAGGGAAAAACUGUGCCGGUGUAAAGGGUAAGCAAGGAAUUGGUUCUGAUCCCCGGAUGGACAUUGUUCGAGAAAACACCUUCAAAAAAUAUAGAGUUACAGACAGAAAGGUGGCAUGGGGUGUGUGCCGCAAGGCUAUUGACACAGCAUUGCGAAAAAUGAAGUAUUCAUUGUAA